ACCACUGAGUAGACAUUAUCAUAAUACGACCUACACUUUGAUACGUAGUGAUAACGCUCCUUAGUGUUGUGAAACUCCUCAAGGAACAAUGUCGCGUGUCAUGAAUCGCGGGUUGAGACUAGGAAGUCUCGUGAAAAGUUUUACAAAAUGCAACCUUAGACUUUCCUCGCAAUAUUACCCGAUCAAUGAAAAUGUCUGCGGACUCACGGAGGAGCAAAAGGAGUUACGUAGAUCGGUCUUCAACGUCGCGCAGAAAAAAUUGGCCCCCAAGGCCGCCGAAUUGGACAGGAAGGACUUCUUCGACGAGCUGAGGCCUUUCUGGAGGGAUUUGGGCGAAUUAGGAGCCCUGGGAAUCACUGUCAAGCCUGAAUACGGAGGAAGUGGAGGGACUUUUCUGGACCAUGUCAUUCUUAUGGAGGAGAUAAGCAGAGCUUCCGGUGCGAUCGGUCUCAGUUAUGGUGCCCAUUCUAAUCUUUGCGUAAAUCAGAUCCACAGGAACGGCACUGAAGAGCAGAAGCACAAGUACUUGCCGAAAUUAUGUACCGGGGAGCAUGUCGGAGCUUUGGCGAUGUCGGAGUCAGGGUCUGGAUCCGACGUCGUCUCCAUGAAGCUUUCGGCGAAGAGAAGCGGAGAUUAUUAUGUCUUGAAUGGGAGCAAAUUUUGGAUCACCAACGCUGCCACUGCCGACAUCUUCAUUGUCUACGCCAAGACGGAUCCGGAUGCUGCCAAGGCGCAACAUGGAAUUACAGCUUUCCUCGUAGAAAAGGGCACGAAAGGGUUCGGCAUCGGGCAAAAGCUCGACAAACUUGGCAUGCGUGGCUCCAGCACCGGGGAAUUAAUUUUCGAGGACUGCCAUGUUCCUGUUUCCAACGUCUUGGGCCAGGUGAAUAAAGGCGUCUACGUUCUUUUCAGUGGCCUCGAUUUGGAGAGACUCGUUCUUGCCGGUGGUCCUUUAGGAAUUAUGCAAGCUUGCUGUGACGUUUCCUUCGAGUACGCUCAUGAAAGAAAACAAUUUGGAAAACGCAUUGCCGAGUUCCAGCUGAUACAGGCCAAACUUGCGGACAUGUACACCAGUUUAAAUGCCAGCAGAAGUUACUUGUACUCAGUGGCAAGAGCUUGCGACGCCGGACAUGCAAAUCGCAAAGACUGCGCCUCCGUCAUUUUAUAUUCUGCGGAAAACGCGACAAAAGUCGCUCUGGAUGCGAUUCAAAUUUUGGGUGGAAAUGGAUACAUUAACGAUUACCCAACAGGAAGAUUCCUCAGGGACGCAAAACUUUACGAGAUCGGAGCAGGCACCAGCGAAAUCCGAAGAAUGGUGAUCGGCAGAGCGAUAACCGAGGAAUAUUCCUAAAAACUAACGCUUAUUACUCUAGAUCUCUAUUUUUACACGUUAUUUCAUAAAGACACUCCGAAAAUAUUGUUUAAACUAAGCGUUGUAUAUCAAUUUGUCGCACGGGGGAUUUCUAUCGAGUUUCUUGAAAUUCUUCGCCUCGUUGGUUGAAU